GAUGGAUCAAUAUGAUUAUGGAGAUUAGGAAGACUUUGAAGAUUAUGAUUAUUAAGAUGAAGAAUUUACAAAUUACUAAGGAUCCAAUUUAAAAAUAUUAAUGGUAAAUAAUAUGUCAAUUUAAAGGUGGCAGAAAAAAAUUCAAUUGCAGAAGCUGUUGCAUAUGCAAUUGGUAGCAAAGUGAGAGCAAAAAAGGGUAGAUAAGCAUUCUUUUAUUUUUCUGGAAUGUUUAAGGGAUAAUAAGCUAAUUUUACAGUGACUGCAACUAAUGGGCAUUUAUUUUCUAGAGAUUUUCCAAAAGAAUAUGAAAAUUGGGUAAUUAUUAAUUAUAGAUUUAAGAAUUCAUGUGAUCCAAUAGAACUAUUUUAAGCAAAAACUAUAAAAAAGGCAGCAAAUAAAGCAGCAAUAGGUUUAUUAAAGAAAUGUUCUUCAGGAAUAGAUUAUUUAAUAUUAUGGUUGGAUAAUGAUAGAGAAGGAGAGAAUAUUUGUUUUGAAGUUGAUGAAAUAUGUAAUUCAUAAGGAAGAGCAAAGUAAUUUAAUUUACAAAAUUUAUUUAGAAAAUUGAGAGCAAAGUUUUCAUCAAUAACAUAAACAGAUUUGAAAUAUGCUUACAAUUAAUUGAAUUCAGGUCCAAAUAUUUUAGAAUCUGAAUCAGUAGAUGCUAGAUAGAUAAUAGAUUUAAAAGUUGGAGUAGCAUUCUCAAGAUUUUAAACUCUUCACUUUUAAAAAAAGUAUUCAAUGGAUUAAAUGGUAACUUUUGGUCCUUGUUAAACACCUACAUUAGGAUUUUGUGUAGAGAGACAUGAAGAAAUAGCUAAUUUUGUACCUAAAGCUUUUUAUACUAUCAAAUUAAGUAUAGUGAAUAAUGUAGGAUUCAAAUAAGAAGUAGAAUGGCUUGUAUUUAUUAUAUUAAAAAAAUAGGGUUAAUAAAUAUGGAAAGAACAAGAGGCUAAAUUAGUUGUUUAGUAAUUACUAAAUUAUAAGUAAGGAGAUGUAAUAAGUUAAUAAAUUGAAUAAAAAUCAAAGCCUAGACCUGAGGGUAUCAAUACAGUUUCACUUUUGAAAUUUGCCUCAUCUUAUUUAGGUUUAGGACCAUAAUAAGCUAUGCAUGUAGCAGAAAGAUUAUAUUUGAAAGGUUAUAUAAGUUAUCCAAGAACAGAAACUACUGCAUAUCCUCAUGAAUUUCCAACUCCAAAAAUUAUUAAUAAUUUAUAGAAAUAUAAAGAACCACUUAUUAGUGAACAUAGUAAAUAUUUAAAAACAAAUGGUCAUUCAAAUCCAAAAUAAGGAGUUGAUGUAGGAGAUCAUCCACCUAUUACUCCAACAGAAAAUGUACCAUAAAAUGAUCUUUAUGGGGAAGAAAGGACUAUGUAUGAAUAUGUAGUCAAAAUGUUUUUGGCUGCUCAUUCAAAAGAUUGUAAAUAUGAAAAUCAUACAUUAAAAUUUAUUGUAAAUGAUCAUUAGUUUAAAUACUAAGCAAAAUAUAUUUUGGAUCCAGGAUUUACUAAAAUAGCUACUUGGUUAGCAAUCACUGAAAACAAAAGUGAUUUAACUAAAUUUGUAACCAAUAACAAAGUAUAAAUUGGUUUUGUUGAAUAUUAAUAAGGAUAAACAAGUCCACCUGAUCAUUUAACAGAAACUGAACUAAUUACUUUGAUGGAUAAAUUUAAAAUUGGUACUGAUGCUUCUAUGGCAACACAUAUCAAUAAUAUUUGUGAAAGAUAAUAUGUUAAAGUUGAAGGAUAAUCUAGAAAAUUAAAGCCUACUGAUUUAGGAUUAUCAUUAGUAAGAGGUUAUAAAAGAAUUGAUCCAGAUCUAGUUGCACCUUAAUUAAGAUCGAACAUAGAAUCUUAAGUUGAUUAAAUUGCUAAAGGAAAACUUAAAUGUCAUUAAGUCAUAGAUGAAGUUAUACAAAUUUUUACUAAAAAAUAUAUACAUUUUAGAGAUAGAAUCAAUGAUUUUUAAUUAAUUUAAUACCAUCAAUAAGGAAUCAAUAAAUAAAUUAAAUAAUAAGUUGAAGAAAUAAUCUUAAGUAGAUGUGGAGAUUGCAAUCGAUAUUUAGUAUAAUCAAAUAAUUCUGCUAUCUGUAAAUAGUGUAUCAAGACUUAUCCUUUAUUACCAGAUUGUAAAUUUAAAGCAUAUGGAGCUUAUAGAUGUCCAUUUGAUAAAGUAAAAUUAAUUUAUAUAUUAUUAGUUUGAAUUACUAUUUUGUACUAGUAAUAAAUCUCCUUUCAAUACUACUCUUCUUUGUCCUAAAUGUUUUAGUUAAUCACCUUUGGUAACAUCAGAUUAAUGCACUUGUAAUAUAUGUCCAAAUGUUGAUUGUGAAAAAUCAAAGGAAUCUAGGAUGGUUGGAAAAUGCAAGAGUUGCAAAAUUGGUGAACUUAUUUUAGAACCAUUUAUUAGUAAAGGAUAACAAAUUUGUAUAUCAUGUAAUGAAUGUUGGUGUCUCUAUUAACUUGUUCCUGCCAUUUUAUAAGUUGAUAUUACAAAAAAUGCUUGUGCAUAAUGUUAAGUAAUAUUUUAUUUAUAUAUAUUUAAGUUAAAAACAUUUAAUUUAUUAACAAAAACUAAAGAUAAAGAAGAGAUUAAGUAUAGUAAUGUUUGUUUACUUUGUCAUGAAGAAUUAAAUAAAAAAUUAUUAUAUGCACCAUAUUUAGGAGAAAAGAAAUUUAUGAUUUAAUAAAAAAAACAAGAUUAACCAGUUAAAGAAGAAGAAAUAAAUAAAGAAACUUUCUCUAAAGGACGUAAGAAAUUCUCCAAAAAUCCAAGAAAAACUAAUUAACGUGAUGAUGAUCAAUUUACACAAAAAAAGAAUGAUAAUGCUGAUUGGGCUGCUUUAUUACUAGCAUAAUCUGUGGCUAAUAAUAAAUAAAAAUCAUAAAAAUAAUAGAACUAAGAGGAAGGGCAAUAAAAUUAAUAACAAUAAUAAUAAAUAAAUGAACCAGGAUUAGUUUUAAUAGAAUAAAAAAAAAAGAGAAAUCAUUGA